UCUUAUCUCCCUCUUCUCCCCAUCCCAUAAAGAGUAUUGGAAUUUAGAGGGAGAGGAAAAGAAUAAAAAAAAUAAAAUAAAAAACUCAAAAAAAAUAAAAUAAAACCAAAAUUCUCAAUAAAAAAACCAGAAAAAAAAUAUUAACUCUUCAAAUCUUAUUAUUAAUAAAUAGUAAAAAUUAGAGAAAAUAAAUUUUUAAUCGCUGCAAGGAAAAUCAGGAGGAAGAAGAGAGAAAAGAAAAUGGCGGAGUCACCAGGAUCACCAGAAUCAGGAAAGAAAACGUCGUCAUCUUUGAUGGAAAAUCUUCUUGGAUUGCUUAGAAUUAGAGUGAAACGAGGAGUCAACCUUGCUGUUCGUGAUGUUCGUAGCAGCGAUCCUUAUAUCGUCGUCAAGAUGGGCAAACAGAAACUAAAGACUCGUGUGAUAAAGAAGGAUGUUAAUCCAGAAUGGAAUGAAGAUUUGACUCUUUCUGUUAUAGAUCCUACUCUUCCUGUUAAGCUGACUGUGUACGAUCAUGACACGUUUAGCAAAGAUGACAAAAUGGGAGAUGCAGAGUUUGAUAUCAGACCAUAUAUAGAGGCCUUAAGGAUGAAUUUGGCAGGCUUUCCAACUGGCACCAUAAUCAAAAGGAUACAGCCAAGCAGACAGAAUUGUUUAUCUGAAGAAACAUGCAUAACUUAUACUGAUGGCAAGGUGGUCCAAGAUCUCUGCCUCAGAUUAAGAAAUGUUGAAUGUGGUGAAGUGGAAAUUCAACUGCAAUGGAUUGACCUCCCUGGUUCCAAGGGAUUAUAAAAAAGAAAACUAUGAUCUUAAACUUUUUUCUGCUUUUCUUGUAUAUCUGUUCAGUGGGCUGGUUCAAGCUUCCACCCACCAGUUACAUUAUGAGGUUCGUGGUGAGGUUGGUUUGCCUGUAGUUGUGCAUUGCAAGCUGACCUUGUAUGUAUUUGUAUUUGCCUAUUUGUAUCAGGUUUGUAGCUCAUCAUCAUAUAGGAGUGGCAAUUUUGGGUUUUUCAUUAUUAUGAAUGCUAAAAGUUCAAUGUGCAGUACUUUUGCACCAUUUGUCGGACAAUUCUGAAUCUUAAAAUCAUAAAUCUUUUAAUUUCUUUCCCUUU